CCCUUUCAAGGGUUUCUCAAGGGUUUUGCAUCCCCGCAGCCAUGAAUCACGGCAAGAGAAUCCUGAGUUCGCUUCGAUUGAGGAAUUCUCUGUUUUUCACUCAGCUUUCACGAUCCCCUUCUUCCAAUCAUCAGGUGACUCAACACUUAUAUCUUUCUCCUUCACUUCUCACGCAAAUUUACACUUCCACUAGUAUUCUCGGUGCAAGUCAAAAUGUCUUCUUUUCAUCAAAAACUGAAUCUUUUGUUGACAUUAUACUAUCCAACGACUGGUCGAAACAAUUAGAAAAGGAUUUAGGAAAAAUUGAUUUUCCGGUGACCCAUGAAGCUGUUAUGUAUUUGUUGAAGAAACUUGAUAAAGAACCGCGAAAGGCAGGGGAUUUCUUGAAAUGGGUUGUUAAGCAAAAGGGGUUUAAACCUAGUUCUUCUAUGUACAGUUUAAUGCUUAGAAUUUAUGCUAACAGGGAUUCAAUGAAGGACUUUUGGACUACUAUUAAGGAAAUGAAAGAGAAUGGGUUUUAUAUUGACGAGGAAACGUAUAAAUCAAUUCAUUCUAUUUUUCGGAAUUUGAAAAUGGAAACUGAUGCCACCGCUUUGAAGCAUUUUUAUGGGAGGAUGAUUAAAGAUAAUGCUAUGGGUGAUGUGGCGAAAGAUGUGUCUGAAUUGAUUACAAAACAUGAAUGGGGAGUUGAGGUGGAGAGACAAUUAGGCGAGAUGAAACUCCCGGUGUCGGAUAAUUUUGUGCUUAGGGUGUUGAAGGAACUUAGAGAAAUAGGAUAUCCACUGAAAGCUUUCAGCUUUUUCAAAUGGGUUGCGAGGAAUUUAGAUUUUCAGCACACCACCGUUACUUAUAAUGGGAUUCUUAGGGUUCUUUGCCGAGAAGAGUCGAUUGAGGAGUUCUGGGGUGUGGUAAAAGAGAUGAUGGGCCUGGGGUUUGAAAUAGAUCUUGAUACAUAUAUAAAAAUCUCAAGGCAUUUUCAGAAGAUUAAGAUGUUGAAAGAUGCAGUAGAACUAUAUGAACUGAUGAUGGAUGGUCAGUUUAAACCAUCACUUGGUGAGUGCAAUAUUCUUUUAAGAUCCAUUGCACAGUCACAUCCCUCAGAUCUUGAUUUGCUAUUUAGAGUUGUGGAAAAAUUUGAGGCCGCAGGGCAUUCACGCUCAAAGAUUAUUUAUGAUGUCAUUCAUAGGUGUUUGACUAACUUGGGGCGAUUUGAGGAAGCAGAGAAGAUAACAGAAGCUAUGAGAGAUGCAGGAUUUGAACCUGACAAUAUUACCUACAGCCAAUUAAUAUAUGGACUUUGCAAAGUGAGGAGGCUGGAGGAGGCAUCAAAGGUGAUAGAUGUGAUGGAAGAAUGUGGAUGCAUUCCGGAUAUCAAGACUUGGACUGUUCUGAUACAAGGGCAUUGUUUUGCUGGUGAAGUUGAUAAGGCGCUGUUUUGUUUUGCUAAGAUGAUGGAGAGAAAUGUUGAUACAGAUGCUGAUCUGUUGGAUGUACUACUUAAUGGUUUUCUGAGUCAAAGAAGAGUUUUUGGUGCAUAUCAGUUAUUGACCGAGUUGGUGAAUAAGUUUCAAAUGCGCCCAUGGCAAGCAACAUACAAACUUGUCAUUCAAAAGCUCUUAGGGGAAAGGAAAUUUGAAGAAGCGCUUGAUCUACUCCGUCGGAUGAAGAAACACAAUUAUCCACCUUUUCCAGAACCCUUUCUUCAAUAUAUUUCAAAGUCAGGAACAGUGGAAGAUGCAGUGGAGUUUUUGAAGGCGUUGAGCGUCAAGGACUAUCCAUCUGUUUCAGCCUACCAACAUGUUUUCCAGUCCUUCUUUGCAGAAGGUAGACAUUCUGAGGCAAAAGAUCUGCUCUACAAGUGCCCACAUCAUAUUCGCCAACACCCAGCAAUUUGUGGCCUCUUUGGUUCGUCAAAUUCUAACAGUGGAAAAGUGAAAAGGUUCCCCCGGCAGAGCUCGACUCCUGUGUAGGCACAAGGUGCAAUUAGUGAAAUCUGGGAGGAGGAUUAAGCCUUAAGGUUAGUAUCUGAUAAGAGCUCCCGAUGCUAACCUCGCCAGGAUCUUCAACUUUAAAAGACAAUUACACAAGUUAAUCAGAUAGCUCCAGAUAUCACUCUAUUAGCUGGUUCAGCCAAUGCAUGCAAAAAUCUUGCCAGGUUCAUGUCUUUAAGAUUUUUCACUUAGAACCUGAAUAAGGUUGAUUUCCUUGUAUUCAUUGUGUUUAUUUCACAAUUAUAUGCUCUUAUAUUUACUUGAAAAAAGUGGCA